AGUUGGGAGCCGCCACCUCAGCUCGGUUCAGCUCCCAGAACAUGGCUGGCGUCAAAGCUCUCGUGGGGCUCUCCUUCAGCGGAGCCAUCGGGUUGACGUUCCUCAUGCUGGGUUGCGCCCUGGAGUACUACGGUGUGUAUUGGCCUCUGUUUGUCUUAAUAUUUUACUUCAUCUGCCCCAUUCCUCACUUCAUUGCAAAAAGAGUAAGUGAUGACAGUGAUGCAGCCAGCAGUGCCUGCAGGGAACUGGCAUAUUUCUUCACAACUGGAAUUGUUGUUUCUGCUUUUGGAUUUCCUAUAAUCCUUGCACGAGUGGAAGCGAUCAAAUGGGGAGCCUGUGGUCUGGUGCUGGCUGGCAAUGCAGUCAUUUUCCUUACUAUUUUAGGCUUUUUUCUUGUGUUUGGUAGAGGAGAUGACUUUAGCUGGGAGCAGUGGUAGGACAUCGCUCUGGUGCUGGUAAUACUUCACAGCAUGUAUCACCAUAUUAAAUUUUCUUGAAUGAGGCUUCGGUAUCAAGAACUUCACUCAUUCACACAAAGCUGGUGCUUUGAUGGCCAGUGCUGGGCAUACUGCCACUGUCUACCAGUAGCAACUGCCUGUGUGGUUUCUCUGAAAUGGUUUUCCUCUCUGGAAGUGAAUACUGUGUAUCCAAAAGUGCCUUAAUUUUGAGAGCGUGCUGAUCUGGGGAAUGCAGCUACAUGGCAAUAUCACUAUGUCCUGUGAGCUGAGAAUCUGCCACUGCCUUUUAUAAAGCUUCCUUCUCAACUAACCAUGUUUGCUGUAACUCAGAUGCAGUGCAGCUUUUGUAAACAUUGGUUUUUAUUUGCUGUGACUGCCAGGUUCUUGAGAUGAUGGAGUGUUAAAACAUGGACAUUAAAAUGUAUUCUACUUUUCUUUUUGAAGUGUCUAAUAAAC